GACGGAUGAGACACUUGCAGGAGAAGACGAUCAAGUCCAUUCGGGACUUGAAGACGAGUCUGACGAUGAAGAUGAUCUUCCUCUCCCUGCUGGUGGCCACGGUUCAUGGUCAGAGCGGCUUCGAUGAUGAAGGUCCAAGGAUCACCUGUUGGUCUCAUAUCUCAAUGACAUUUAACAACAGCUUGACCUGCCAAGUCAGUGACGAGGAUGAAGAAGACGGAACCAUUGAAAAGAUGACUAUGUGCUUUACUAGUGUGGCUUUGGGGGAUGUCGUGUGUCUUCGUGGUGACGGCGCUACACUGACAUCACCAAGACUGCACCCACUCGCCCUCUUCAAUGUGACUGUGUACCUGAGGAACAGCGCCCCCAUCAGUAUGAGCGUGGAUCUGAAGACCAUCGUUAAACCCAAAAAGCCGAUGGUGUGGAACGUUACCCAGAACCAGGACACCAACCAGGUCGUCAUUCACAUCAGGACCUUGUACCAGGAGGACUACCUGACAGUGCAGAACCAGUUCUUUCAGGUUGUCUUGUGGACUGCCAGCAGGAAGAUGGUCCUUAACCUAACUUCCUCUGACACUCUGGCGCUGGACCUGGACCAUCUGGAGGGUGAUGCUCAGUACCACGCAAAGGCGCGGUCGAUCCCACAUGGGAGGCUGCGAGGCACCUGGAGCGACUGGAGCGACACCUUUACCUUCUAUACUGCGGCACAUCACAGCCAGAGUGGUCCAGAGCCAGUUCCCUCUGGUUCUGGUUCCUGGUGGCCUGUGCUGGUCUGCGUGGCCUUGAGUCUCACAACAGUCCUUGCCAUCUUUUUGUUCUGGAAACAAAAGGUCUACAGGCUCAUGUGGCCCCAGAUACCAAAACCCCCGCCGGUGGACAUCCGAACCUCCGCACGGGGUCUACUGCUUCACUUCACCCCAGAAAAAUUCAGCCUGCUGAUGCUAGAGAAGCAGCACAGCACCAUCCACAGCUCUGGAUGUGGGAACAAAGAACAGCUGCACUUGUCAAGUCAUGGAUCCAGGAAUGACCCGUCAUUUGGAGUCGAGGGUGCUGAGAUGUCAGGAGCCAGCUCCAAAGAGGAUGCUUAUGUCACCAUGUCUAGCUUUUAUCAAGUCCAGUAGAAGGAACCCAAAACAGCAGACCGCCAAUGCGUCAGAGCAGCGGCUGGAGUCUUUAUAUCUCACCUUCGACAGUACAUUCAGUUACUCCUCUCUAUUUGGGUUUAGGGCAGGU